AUGUCAUACUACGCACCGAAAGCAAAGCCGGGAGGAGGUACGUUGAGGGCGGUGUACGACAAACUAUACAGCAACUGUUCAACAUUCCGCAAGCUGCACUACGAAGAAGUGCCUGACUCAUACGAUUACAACAACCCAAAUGCUGCCAGCCAUCAGUCCGCGUAUGCACACCCUGGUUCACCAUACCACCAGCAGAACCAACCGCCACCGUCCGACACCGGCAGUCCAUCGAGCGAUGCGGUUAUGAUCAAGAUCGAUACACCGUCACCGUUGCGCGACGAUCAGCAGCGUUAUCCGAAGGAAAUUGGCAAAACGCUUGUAGCGUUACUCUUUCUGGCACUUAAUUUUUUCAUCGCUACCGUGUCACUCUCGCUCGUGCACGACCGUGUACCGGAUCGGGAUACGCACGAACCGCUGCCGGAUGCAUUCCUAGACCGGGUGCAGGCCCAGGACUGGGCGCUCGAUGUGAGCGAAAUACUGAUCAUGGUGGUGGUGAACUCAUGCGUACUGCUGAUCGCCUUCCACAAGCACCGGUUCAUCGUGAUGCGGCGGGUGUUUCUGCUCCUUUCGGUGCUGUACAUGAUGCGGUCGGUUACGAUGUACGUCACGGUGCUGCCCGUGUCCAGCCGGACGUACUACUGCAGCCCGAAGUCGAAUGCGAGCAGUGCGGCCGUGAUCGUGAAGCGAGCGUUUCAGCUAAUCUCCGGCAUGGGUCUGUCGAUCAACGGGAAGCAGAUCUACUGCGGUGAUUACAUCUACAGUGGCCAUACAGUGACGCUAGUGCUGGGUUAUUUAGUGAUAUCUGAAUAUUCACCCAAACGCUUCUGGCCGAUACAUUGGAUCUACUGGAUGGCCAGUGCGACCGGUGUGGUUAUGGUGCUCGUUGCACACGGUCAUUAUACAGUUGAUGUGCUAAUAGCGUACUACGCGACGACGCGGCUUUUCUGGACCUAUCACACACUUGCCAACAACAGCUUACUUUUGAAGCAAAAUGGUAAUAAUUAUAUUGGACGUGAAUGGUGGUUCUUUGGUUUCCGGUACUUUGAGCGCAAUGUACGCGGCCCCAUCCCGCUCCAGUACGACUGUCCGCUUGCACUCCCGGCGUCCUGGACGAAAAAGUCGCCCAAGUUGCCGGGACGUGAAAGUUGA